UACAGUUCUUUCUGGCCAGGCACAUAAUUGGCAUCACAGACAUGAUGUUAGUCAAGUCGUGGCUUUUUCAAGCAGUUCUGGUACCCAUGGCUUUUCAGCUUUUCUUCUAUACUUGGAUCCAAUGCUCUUCAGCUAUACAAGUACGUGAGGUCCAGGCUGCAGUUAUGGGCUCAGUGACCAUCACAUUUAAGUAUGACACUUUCCUGUACAGGAAUCUGAUAAGCAGCUGGUGCAGGCAAGUAACCAUUACAGAGUGUGAAAAUAUUAUGGACACGAAAGUUACCAGCAAUAACGGAUACAAAGGAAGACUGUUCCUUUCACAAAAUACUGAAAGAACUGGCAUAGUGAAUGUGACUAUGGUGAAUUUACAACAUUGGGACACUGGUCUGUAUAAAUGGCGAAUAUGGACUGGAAGAGAAUAUUCUGUCAUUGAGAAUGUCCUACUGCAGGUGGUUUUUGGGCUACCAUCCAGAUUACAUGUGGCUAUUUUUAAGGCUUAUGACAGUGUGGAAAUGAAUUGUGAAUAUAAUCAGAAACAGACAUGGUCAAAAGCCUGGUACAAGAUGAUGGGUCUUGAUAACCUUCAGUGGCUGGUUCAUUCUGACGGAAACAUCAAUAUGGACUACAGUUCAAGAUCUACAGUGUUUGUUAAUGCACAAAAGAGAGUUCUAGAAAUGAAGAUCACAAACCUGGAACUUUGGGACAGUGGUUUAUAUCAGUGUCGUGAAUCAGGAGGUGAAACCAUCUUAAAUGAAAUCUUGCUGCUUGUAACUUCAGAAGAGAUGUAUGAAGACAGUUCAGAGUAUUCUACAUUAGCGGUCUCAGAAGGUUCAAGUACCUCUCCUAACAUAGUUCAAAAUAAUAUAGAUAAAAAAUAUGUGAGUCCAGUUGAUGUCAAAUCUAAUGUCAGCAAUGGACAGAAUGGUAACUCUACAGGGGAAGGCAACCAUAAAAUUGAGCAUCACGGGGCAUGGGAUAUUCUACGCUGGAUACUUUUUUUAUUCAUGGGACUGUGUGUCCUCCUCUCUACCUAUUACGAAGAGAUUUCAGACAGCAUAUCUCACAUACAUCUGAUGUGUAAUCAACCAUUAAAUGAGACAUGACCUGACAGCUGGAUAUGACUGUUCGAGCACCGUAUAACUUAUUUUAAAUAUGACUUUAUUUUGGUGGAUUAAAAUGUGUUAUCUGUAAAAUUGUGCUGCCGCACUAUGGGAGUGAUUUAUCAUCUCCCUACACACGUUUUUUUGGCAGAAAAAAGU